AUGGUCAGCGUGGACGUGCUGAAGCGCGACCAAUGGGAAGAAGAAAAUGCUGUUUUCGCGAUCAAUCCGAUGGGUCUGCCGCUGAAAGAGCUCCGACGCCUGAAGGAUCAGUUUCAAGAUGAAGAGGGUCAGCCCGUGAAACUGGACGAACAGAAGUUUGUGGAUGCCUUGCUUUCUCGGCUGAGCUCCGCAGGAACUUCCCAGAAUGAGCUUUUGCCCAAGACCAGACCAAGUCCACACGGAAGCAUUACCAAACGUCUCAACGCAUCCCAGUGCCAAACGCAUCGCCAUAUCUCAGAAUUUGGAUUGUGGAAUGCCCUGAGGCGACAGCGUUGGGACUCCGAGCUGCGAACUUUGUUCAAAAAGAUCGACGCUGGAUGUUCAGAGACCGUGACUUGGGAGGAGUCUUGGUGA